AUGGAUUCGAAGGUGAGCGAAACGAAGUCCAUCAAUAGAAUGACCGUUGGUGAGGCAUUCACUUCGAGUGGAGCAACGCUUGCACCCUUCACAGAACUCAUGUCGAACGUUGAUUGGCCAGUGAGCGGCGACGGCAUUUCCGACCGGUGGAAGUUCGUGGCUUUGGUGAAAAGUACUUCGGGAAACGAGGCGAUCCGCAACUACGACGGUUACGACACGAAGCGCAACCGUGUCGUUUGCAUCAGAAUUUCCAGGUUGUCUGACAAACGACAGCUUUUGAAGACAGAAGCGAAGAUUCUGGAAAAAAACGUUACUGUUGUUGCAGGGAGUGCCCAUGGUCUCAGACUGUGCGACUUCGGCAAUUGGAGCUGUUUCCAGUACCUGGUUUUCAAACAGUGUGGACCAAGCCUUCAUCAGCUGAGACGCCAGAUGCAGUCGCGUUCGUUCACCGAAGAAACGAUCGUUCGCGUGGCGGUUCAGUGCGUCGAGGCAAUCCGGGACUUGCACCGCAUCGGCUACGUGCAUCGCAACGUCAGACCGAUGGUUUUCCAUAUCGGCAGCGAGCCGAAGUCUCUCCGUACCAUAUUCUUGACCGAUUUUGAUGUUGCGAAGCGUUACUUGGACAAGAACGGUAAUCACAAACCGUACAAGGGCCGGAUUGGAUUCAGAGGCAGUACGUUUUAUGCAUCGAUCAACUCGCAUGAGAAAAAGGAACUCAGUCGCAGGGAUGACCUAUGGUCAUUGUUCUACGUCAUCAUAGAGAUGUUCAAAGGCUGGCUUCCGUGGAAGCAAAUUUACAACAGGGAAACGGCUCUUAAGCUGAAACAGUAUUAUACACCGGAAAAACUGUGCGAAGCUCUGCCACCGCAAUUUCGGAAAAUCGUCAAACACCUGCGUUCAUUGAAGUAA